AUGUUCAAUGAACCAAUAUCACCACCCUCUUCAACACCCCCAUCCCCACCUUACCACACCAUCUCCUCUCAUUCAGAGCUCGCUGACCCCCAAUAUCCCACCUUGGCUCACCUUCAGGCUCGUGCCCUUUCCACACACCAACAAUCUGAACCAGAAGCCAACAUUCCACCACCAUCUGAACAACCAACAACACCACCAUCUGAAACUCCCAUCGAAACACUCUCUGAAAACCCUAUCAUCCCUAACUCUCAACCUCCCAUUGAAACUACCCACACUCCACCAGCAUCUCCAUCUCUUACUCCUGAACCAGAACCUACCUUCCUCACCCUAGAAGAAGCAAUUACUUUAUUUGCUGAGUCUUCAAUGGAGAAGAUCAGAUCACUAUCUAAAAAUUCUGGCAUCAAUGAUAAUCCCUCUAGAGUGAGUAUUCACUAG